AUGCUUGGAAAAAAGUGGAAGAAAGGUGAAACAGGUCGAUCGGGAAGUAAAGGAGCAAAGAUUGACAGGAUUGGAUUUGGAUUAUCAGAUGAGAAAGGAAAACCAGGAUUGAAUGGUGUACCGGGACAAUCGGGUAGAAUUGGUAAAUCCCGAUUAUCCGGAAUGCCGAAGUUAUUGAAGUAUAAAGUUAUUAAGAUUCCCCUGGACUGGUUGGACUACCAGGUUUACGAGGGUUUACCUGUAUAG